CGUAAAUAUGUGUAAAUGUAUCUUUUAUCUCGGUAAAGGUUUGUAGCUCUCCGACUCUUCUUAGUUAUUUUCCUCAGUCUCAGCUCUCUCCUCCCUCUGCUGGCCGCUGUCGGAAUCGCACGCAUUCCUCUAUCUCAGCUCUCUCCUUCCUCUGCUGGCCGCUGUCGGUAUCGCAGACACAUCACACCCAGCUCAGCUCUGCCUACAACUCCCAGUAUGCUCUGUGCAGACCGCGGCUCGCUCUGUGAUUGGCUGCAGCUGGGAGUGUCUGAGCACAUGGGGGAGAAUCCUGGAAUGGGGUCGCCCCCUCCAGGCAGCAUCCUCCUCACCCCACUGCACCAUCGCCCCGACCUCACGGCGUCCUGCGCGGAGCUGCUGAACCAGACGUGGCGGAGGAGUCUCGGAGCGCGGAUUCACUCCUUGGAACAAUCUUUAGAUGAUUUCCCCGUGUGCCUGGUGCUCACCGGAGCCCGGGAAGGGCCCGUCCUGGGUCACGCCCGACUCUCCAAGGUCAUAGGUCUCCCCAACAGCCUGUUUGUGGAAUCGGUGGUGGUCAGCGCUGACCUUCGUGGAAAGGGUUAUGGCCGAAGGCUGAUGGAGGCCACAGAGAGGUACGCCAGAGGGAGGGGCUUCCAAAACCUGUACCUGACCACUCAUGACAAGCAGGACUUCUACUACCACCUGGGGUACCGCCUGACGGAGCCCGUCCAGAACAUGGGAAGGCUAGGAGCGCUGGUGCCCCCGGGGAUGUUCCAGAAGAUGACCCCUUCCAAGACCAAUCCAACCUUCAACCACCAUGGUGGGCCAUCCACAUUACCGAACAAACCGCCAUGUCCCUCACCCCAAGAAUGUUCAGGUGUGGAACCCCCCGGGACCCCAUCUGAGAGCUUGGAACACUUCUCAAGGGCUAUUCCAAUACCCCCUUCCCCACUCUGCCCCAUGUCUACUUCACUUCCCCCACCCUGCCCCAUAUCUACCCUUCUCUCUCCCACUCCUCCUCCACCUCCCCCACCCUGCCCCAUGUCUACUUCCCUUCCCCCAUCCUGCCCUAUGUCUACCCCACUCCCCCCACCCUGCCCCAUAUCUACCCUUCUCUCUCCCACUCCUCCUCCACCUCCCCCACCCUGCCCCAUGUCUACUUCCCUUCCCCCACCCUGCCCUAUGUCUACCCCACUCCCCCCACCCUGCCCCAUAUCUACCCUUCUCUCUCCCCCUCCUCCUCCACCUCCCCCACCCUGCCCCAAGUCUACCCCACUUGCCCCUCCUCCCCAUCGCUGCCCCACAUCUACCCUGCUCUCUCCCUCUCCUCCACCACCUCCCCCACCCUGCCCCAUAUCUGCCCUGCUCUCUCCCCCUCCUCCACCUCCCCCACUCUGCCCCACAUCUACACCACCUCCACCACCCUGCCCAACAUCUAACCCUCUCUCUUCCCCACCUUGCCCCACAUCUACCCCACUCUCCCCACCACCACCUGCUCCACCUUGCCCCACAUCAACCCCAUUCUUCUCCCCUCCUCCUCCUCCACCUCCCCCACCCUCAGCUUCUCUCCUUCCUUGUAGCUCAUUCAGUUCUUUUCCACAUUCAUUAUCACCGGCCAAAACCAAAUCCACCUUGCAGACCCCCUACCGGGACUUUCGAGGGGACCCCAUAUUCUGGAUGAUAAAAAGUCUAUAACGGAGACGUCUCUGCUCCACCAAGAACUGACCUUAUUUAUUUGUCGCCCGUUGUGCCUUAUCACUGUGUGAACCCCCCCCUCCGGGAGACCGAACCUCGUCCCGGGGAAUAAAGCUGCUCGUCUGAAGAGCUC